UCAGUAAUCAUCUCUUUUUGAUGAAGUAUACAAUUAUUCCGAUAAAAAUGAUUGGUUUAUUCAGAAUUAAUUUCACAAUGAAAUGUAGCCUACUAUCGUUUACAGCUUUUAAAAAUAUUGUGUGUGAUUGAUCUUUCGCACCAUAAAAUAUUGACAAACCACUGUAAUUCAUUUGAGUUCAUGGUCGCGAAAUAUUGAACUGUUAACAAGAGUGAAAAAGACUUGACCUCGAAAUCACUGCCUCAUCUUCGCAUGAUCAAAAAUAUCCAACGAGAAAAUAUCUCAGCAUCAGAGACUGCAAAGCCAAGUUAAUGAUGUAAUUGAAAUGGUCACUUUUGUGUUGUUUUGAAAAACCGUUGGUGUUUGGUUUAAUAAAUCAUCUCUUUGAGUUGCCCUGCUGAGAAGGGAAUUCCAGUGCUUUUCAUUGAACAGACUCGUCGUGGUUUCUUUAGCCAAUUGGGUCUCUCACCCCAGAAUUGGAGUCUUAAUUUUACCCAGCCUCUUUGGCAUUUUGAUUGAUGUUCCCGUGGCUCCAUCCGGCAGGCUAUAGCUAUAAGGGUAAAGGGAGGCAGUAAAAAAGACAAUCGUCUGUAGUUCAGUCCUUCUCACACAUGCAGUCAAUUCUAUCAGAUAACGACAAGUCUGGACUAAACUGCGUUUUAGUUGCUGUAUGAUAACUGGGUGACGUGGAGGAUCCUGUAGGCUCGCAGGAGCGCGCGCGCCUCUCCACACCAUGGAUCAUAUGGGAGCGCAUCUCCACCAGACGCACGCAGACACCAUCAGUUUUGGGAUCGAUCAGAUUCUUAACAAUGCAGACCAGGGGAGCUGCAUGAUCUCCAACCCCAGAAUGCAGGACCUGGACUACGGUUUGGGCUGCAUAGUCAGCACAGCCUAUAAUACCAUGACUGGCAACUACAAUGUCAAUAACUCGGCUGGAUACAAUGGAAACUCGUGCAGCGUUGGCUCCCUCAACGGCUCGUACAACAUGAACUUGGGCACGAAUGUUAAUGGGAAUUGCCUUAAUUCUUCGGGAGUGAUCCGGGUUCCAGCGCACCGGCCGCUGAGCAGCGUUCACUCGUCCAUUCCCACCAGCGCUGCCACGGUGCCAAGUAUGGGAAGCAUGGGCACCAUUAACAAUCUCACGGGAUUAACGUUUCCAUGGAUGGAGAGUAACAGGAGAUAUACCAAAGACAGAUUUACAGUGGCCCUCUCACCGUUCACUGUAACACGCCGUAUAGGUCACCCGUACCAGAACCGAACGCCUCCGAAGAAGAAGAAGCCCCGGACGUCGUUCACGCGCCUCCAGAUCUGCGAGCUGGAGAAACGCUUCCACCGUCAGAAGUAUCUGGCGUCAGCUGAGAGAGCAGCCUUAGCGAAAGCACUUAAAAUGACUGAUGCGCAGGUCAAAACAUGGUUCCAGAACAGAAGAACGAAAUGGAGGCGGCAGACAGCAGAGGAGAGAGAAGCCGAGCGACAGCAAGCGAACCGAAUCCUUAUGCAACUUCAGCAAGAAGCUUUUCAAAAGACUAUAAACCAACCUGUUACUCCGGACCCAAUCUGCCUACACAACAGCUCUCUAUUCGCACUUCAGAACCUCCAGCCCUGGACUGAGAACACGGCAAAAAUCAGUAGCGUUCCCAACACUGAUUAAGAGACUUUUAUGGACGUGCGAUCGAUGCACAGAGGAAUAUCUCAGCAUCACAUAACUUUCUUGAUUUUACUUUAACGUAAACUCAGUCUUCAUUUGUACCUAAUAUACAGCUUGUAUAAAACAGCUAAGAGAAUAUUCGCUGCUCUCCGUUACAGUCGUGCAGAAUAGGCCUAUUGUUUUAUUGAUUUGAUCAUUUUGAUUUCAACAAAAUGUAAACAUAAAAGACUGUCGUGUUUCGUUUGCAUAUCAAACAUUAAUUUUAUUUUGUAUACUUCCAAUAGCCCAACGUUUGUGGUAACACUUUAUAAUAACUUUCAUUAGCCUAAUAAGUCACAAAAUAUUACAAAUAAAAUAUUAACAAACAAAACGAACGGACGAAUAUUCGUCGGCUAUAGAAUUACGGGCUAUUAAUUUAAGCAGACCUACUAUUUAAAAAAAAUCGUCACAUAGGCUAUCAAAUAGUGCCCAGAAUUAGCCUAUAUGCUAAAUAGCCUAAAUCGUAAGGACACACCGGAUUGCUGUCACCAAGCAGUCCACUGCUUAAAUUGUUGAAUAUCUAAAGCAAAACGCCACCUCUCUGUCGUGCGUGGAAAUACUGUGAGCCUCGUUAUAAUUAAUAUCCUUGUCAUUGUCAGGAUUAGACACAUGCAGGGUGAAAAAAUACGACCAUGAGAAGCUUGCACCUCUUUAACCCGCAAACAAGUGAAAAUGAAAUCUUAUAUAUGCUUGAGGACCUCCUUGCCAAAAUGACGGUGAUUAAACUCGCAGACCAUCUGACAGCUUACAGCCGCGAUUCCCUCAGUGAGCAGGCACUAGAAGUGUUGUGUUAACUUAGGCUACUUAAACCACUGACAAAAUUAUAGUUAAGCUACUCAUGUGGGUACUUGCAAAAAUUAAUUUAAAUUGAAAUAUCUCAUUUGAAAGUAAAACAUAUUUUUAAUAGUUUUAAAUAGGCGAUUCUGGGUAAAAAAAUAUAAUAAACAAAUAAAUUAAAAAUUAAAAAAACUAGCCUAUAAUUGAUGAAAAGGCGGCGGAUAGAGUGUAAAGCGUGUUCUUGUGCACUUUUGCUAAUCGCCGGUAAAAUGAACGAACUUUCGUAACCUCGUUAAGUAGCCAGACGAAAAAAUAGGCUAUGGGUGUAUCAUGCUAUUGCUAAUCAAAGCUUUAUUCUAACAAAUUUACUGUUUUAACUGAAUUCAACUAAUAAGCUGAUGAGCAUUACAUUAUGAUUAUUAACAAAGUUUUUUUAUGAAGUGUUAGGCUACCAAUGGAUUUUUUCGAUAGCCUAUCGUUUUACUUGGAGGGAUUGUAUUUUGCACGUUUGUGAACACUUGCAGCAAAAAUAGUCCUGUGAAUUAAAAUAUAGGCUAUUCUACAGGAAAAAUGGGCCUUCAUGAACGAUUUUAAUUCUUCAUUCUUGUGUUAGUCAUUUUUCAGAGGCGUGAUAUAAAUUAGGACUACAGCACUUGUUAUGCAGAAAUAUGUUGUUGACGUUCCAAAAAGAUUAUUCGUUAGCAAAUAUGUAGGCCUACUUCUUUUGACAUUAUUUGUAAAUUUUAACUUUUCUAUUACACUUAGGCUAAAUGUUGUCGGGAGCCCUCAGAAGCAGUGACCCCCAAAAUGUGUUUUUUAGACAAAGACGAAAUAACUUAUCAAUGCUCCGUAACACCUGUAGGCCUACUCAAGUCUAUACUUUUUUUUUUUUUUUUUGUCUGAAUUUUCAUUUGACACAACCAACAGUUUAUCAAAAGGCAGAUCAACUUGGUAGCACUGAUGUGUUUAUUAUUCGUUUACUUGAAAUAGCCUAUAUGUGAUUACGACAUUUUUUAUUUAUCCUUCACUUUCCUCGGUGAUGUCGGAGUGACCUAUAAAAUAUAUUUUAUUAUAGCUUGAUAUGAAUGAUUAAAUAUCUGUGGUCAUGUCUCAGACUGGGUCAUGUUCUAUUUGUUUAGCGCUUUUUGUUGAACAUAGCAACACCUCGCAGGUUUUGUCAUUGUGGCUAGAUCCCAGAUAUCUCUACUCAAGUGAAUGACAGUUUUGGUUGCAUGAUAAAUGGAUGUUUUUUUUUCCCCUUUUCUAUUGGAGAGUGCAAAAGUGUGUUUAUGAUAACUAUGUGCAGAUGUGAUGGUGUUCCUGAAAAUAACCAGAAGCCUAGGCUCUCCAAAACUGCAUCGGAAGGUGGUUUAAAUUUCAUCAUCUCUUCCGAAAUCGUAUAAUGUGUUACAUAAGUGUCGUUUAAAACUUUCCAGAAUGUUAAGAGAUGGAAGUCAUUUAGGUCAGAAACUAGCUACUAACGCACACGAACGUGGGUAAAUGGCGCCAUCUUCUCCGAGAUGAGCUCCAAAUAAUGACACGAGACGAAAAGGUUGAUUUUACGAAGGUCUACUUUCCUGCAUCAAAGGCUAUAACAUACAUAGUGUCUUUAAAACAUUAUAAUUUUUUUAAAUAACGUAACUCCGCGAUAGUUGCAUAGGCCCUAUCAUUAGUAUGGCAGUAUUUCCCACAGUGCUAUAGGCCAUGCUAUUAAUGUGAGGGAUAUCCUACAAUUUUCAGAAGAUAUUUUACCAUCUUUGGCCCUGACAAUAAUAAGGCUACGCUAACUCUAUAGUGUGAAAUAUUUUGGAAAUAAAGUGCACUUUUCGCAUUUUCCAAUUGUUGCUUUAUUAUUAGGUUAAUAGCCUAUUGUUAGGCCUAUUAUCAUUAUUAUUAUUUACAUUAGGGUGCGUUUUGACUCACGUAGCCUAUAUUUUCAUAUUGUAGCCUAUUUGACACAUUUUAUAAUGUUGGACAUAUAUUAAUAAUAUGCGAAUAAAAUAGACAAGACAUUCGAAUAGUGAUUAGUUUUCUUUUUUUUUCUUUCUUUUUUUUUUUUUUUUGCGAGCGCAUGUAAUAAAAUUUAUGUCUAUCAAAACUGUAGGCCUAUUGCAGAUUCAAAGCAUUGCAUGAUGAAGAGUUUCUGUUUUCUUUUUGUAUUUCAAUACACUUAAGAAAAACCACGUCACAUUCCAUCAAAUAAAUUUACUUUAAUAAUAAAUUGUCUAUAUAGUUGUUUAUGCCGUCAUGCCUAAUAUAUCAUGUUUUUUCAGCUUGUCAUUUUAAUAGCAUUUGCAUGGUACCAAUCAAAAACAGUAAUUGUGUAGCCUAAUUUUCUGAGUUCUGUGAAAUUAGCCUAUUAUUUUACCGCUUAUGUCUCACAGGAAAUCUAACUAUUAUUCUGUAGUAUUUUAUAACUGGUUUUCACAGUGUUUCUCAUCUGUUCGCUUUAAAAAGUUGCAUGCAAAGCAGAUAGGCUACACACACCCUGCGUCCCAAUGUGCAUACUAUCCACCCUAUCUGCCCUAAAUAGUAUUGAACAUUACUAAUGUCACAUAGAAUUUAGAAUGGAUAGUAUGCACGUAACAUUCGGUUCUGCACUUCUGUAGCGCCGCCGCGAUCCUCUCGAGUGAAUUUUGUGUCCCUAAAUGAUGACGCAUGCAUCGUCAUUUUCAAUCGUCAAAACGUUCUUCAGUUGUGUAAUUUUCUGCUGCGACAAGAUAAAGGUUCACAACAGAUCAGUACAGCGUCCAUGCAAAAUGUCUCUUUUACGUGUUUGCUGCACUACGACUAGAGGUUUUGUAAAGAGUGGAUUGUUUUUAGAGUCGACUUAUACUGCAUGUCAUAGGACAGCGGGAUAUGCAUCUGGUGGUGUGACCAAAGAUAAAGAACCGCUAAAGAAAGCGAAAACGCCCCAAGGACGCUUUGACAUGGACGAAACCCAGUCAAAAUCUAAAGAUGUUUUAGAAC